UGUUAGGUCUUUGAUUUCUAAGAAUCCACGUCAUCCACCUUGUCCCUAGUGAAUGAUGACAAUAUCGCAUGGAAUAUAUAAGCGCAUCCUCGGCUAUCGAUAACGGACCAACGCAUCCCCGCAUGCUUAGUAUUUCUCCUGAAGACCUACUCACCUUCAAUCAGACACCGCUCUUCACAACUCACUUCCUCCAAUCUCCUACCCAAUCCAACUCAUCCAUCCAAUCCAAUCCAACAAUAGAACCAGCCACCACCAUGUCCAAAGCCCUCUACCUCACCCAAGUAGACGGCAAACCGGGCCAAGUCUACUACCCGCUCAACACGCAGACCAAGCCCGCCCCGACGCCGCAGGGCCGCGAGCUGCUGAUCCGAAUGACCGCCGCGGCACUGAACCACCGCGACGUGUUCCUGCGCCAGCACCUUUACCCGGGGAUCACGUUCGACGUGCCACUGGGGUCUGACGGCGUCGGGGUGGUCGUGGGCGCCGGGCCCGACGUGUCCAGCCCCGAGCGCUGGCACGGGAAGCGCGUGAUCCUGAACCCGGGGCUUGGGUGGAAGGACUCGCCGGACGGGCCGGAGGAUCCGAAUGGGUACCGUAUCAUGGGUGGAACGCGGCACUAUCGGACGGGGACGCUGCAGGAGUUUUUAGUGGUGGAUGAGGGUGAGGCCGAGGAGGCGCCGGAGCAUUUGAGUGAUGCCGAGGCCGCCGCGAUGCCGUUGACGGGGCUGACGGGGUGGAGGGCGCUGGUGGUGAAGGGCGGGGAGAGGAAUUCGGGCAAGGGCGCGGCGGUCCUCUUGACGGGGAUUGGAGGCGGAGUGGCGCUGAUGGCGCUGCGGUUUGCGAUUGCGAGAGGCGCGGAUGUGUUUGUGACGAGCUCGAGUGAGGAGAAGAUUCGCAGGGCGGUGGAGUUGGGGGCGCGUGGCGGAGUGAGUUAUAAGGAGGAGGGAUGGGAGAAGAAGUUGCUGGCGAUGUUGCCGGAGGGCAAGAAGUUCGAUGCGAUCAUUGACGGGGCGGGGGGUGAUGCGAUUGAAAAGGGGGUGAGGCUACUCAAGCUCGGAGGGAUCCUCUCCGUCUACGGAAUGACCGUGGCGCCCAAGAUGCCUUUCCUGAUGCAGGCGGUGAUGAGGAACAUCGAGGUGCGUGGCUCGACGAUGGGCUCUCGCCAGGAAUUCAAGGAGAUGGUCGAGUUUGUCCGGGCCAACAAGAUCCGACCGGUGGUCUCGCGCGUGCUGCAGACAGAUCUGGACGACAUUGCCGGGCUGGACGCACUGUUCCAGGACAUGAAGGAGGGCAAGCAGUUUGGCAAGUUGGUCGUGGAGUUCGGCAAGUCGUCGGAGAGUAAACUGUAGACUGCGUUGUACGUGAUAUUCCCAUAGGCAGACAACAAGUGAGAUGUAUCAACUCUUCCUGGUUGACAACACGAUCGAAGCCAACAAUGAAGCGACAUUCAUUAGGCAUUCCUACCUGCCGACCAGCUGUCUUUCUAUACCUGCCCAACGCUGUCCGGGAUGCUCUGAUGUCUGGAUGGCGCCUUCCCAUCAUAUACUGACCAUGUCCUCG